AAUUGUUAAUGGGUUUUUGCAUUUGAAAAGGAUUAAGCUCCUGAGUGAAUAUAAAAGGCCAGGCAGUUUGACAGGACAAUGACCUUGGCUAAAUGUUUUCUUCUCUCUGCCCCUCUGAUGUGCUCCGAUGAUCAGAGGGGCUGUUGAGAUGCCUGGAGUGGUCAGGGGUCAUCAAAGGGCAGCUGUCCACUAUAAAAGGGCCUGUCUGGAGCUCCGUCUGCAGGCAGCAUCAUUUCAGCCUGGGACCAGCUGGAGGAAGGAAGGACAUCUUUUGCCUCUCUCUCUCUCUCUCUCUCCCUCACUCAGUAUUGUUUAGUGAGUUUCAGUUAAUAUGGAAGCUAGACUGUUGCCGGUUUUCUGCAUACUCCUCCUUGUCUCUUUUGGAAAUGCUUUCUCCACUCGGGGGCACAGAUAUCACACAGGCCUGGAGAGAAGUUUAUCGUUCCGAAACCUCUCGGUUAAUCAUCGCAGCAGAUACCCUCUGUACAUGAUGCAGCUCUACCGCUCCUUCAGGACUGUCGAUUCCUCACCGUCAGUAUCUGUCAACACUGUCAAUACGCAAGGUGACAACCCGUCAGCGUACAGUUCUGACUCUGUCCUAAGUCUGAUGGCCAAAGGUUGCCAUCAAGUGGGGGACAGAUGGACAGUCACAUUUGACAUGUCAACCAUCUCUACUGGUGAACUCGUCCAGCUGGCAGAACUUCGGAUCGGACUGCCAGCUUUCUCUGCCUCUAAGCGCGCCACUGUGGAUUUAUAUCACUCCAGGCAGAGCUGUGACCUGGGCAGCACAUCGUGCCAGGAUGAGCACCUUUUCCUGGGGAGCUUCGGUUCAUCACCCAGCAGCACAAAGUCUUCCUGGAAGGUCUUUAAUGUGACUGCUCUGUUGAAAUACCGGCUGUUCCAAGAAGAUAGAGCAUCUAGCCAGGAGGCCUCAGGAGAGAGUGAGACGGACCACGGGAGUGGUGCUGUGGAGGAAAAGGUGUUAACUGACAAGUCCCUCUUUAAGAAUUUAGGCUUGAGCCAAAGAAAAAUACACCAUCCUAUAACGACCCGGGUCAUGAUGGUCAUCUUCUCCAAACACAACCGGCCUCAGGAAGGCCAUGCAGCAUACAGUCUCAUUCAUACUGUGGAGAACUCCAAGCAUGUGACUAUGGACAGAGUUAGCAGUGACAGUCAAAGUCGACGCCACAAAAGGAACCGCAUGGAGAGGAUGAGAGUGGACGGUGGAGCUGCACCCACAGCGGAGCCAGCCCAGAGGCCGCUGUGUCGGAAAGUAGACAUGUGGGUGGACUUUGACCACAUUGGCUGGGACGAGUGGAUUGUGCAUCCUAAGCGGUAUAACGCAUAUCGCUGUGAGGGAGAGUGUCCUGCACCACUGGAUGAGUCCUUCCAGCCCACCAACCAUGCAUACAUGCAGAGCCUCUUGCGACAUCACCACCCAGAGAGAGUGACUUGCCCCUCCUGCGUGCCAACGCGCCUCAGCCCGCUCUCCAUGCUGUACUACGAGAAUGACGAUUUGGCCCUGCGGCAUCACGAGGACAUGAUUGUUGAAGAGUGUGGCUGUCACUGACGGCCCACCCAUCGCUGGCUUCACUGCAGUCUCAAGAGCAACUUCUGACAGAGCGUAAUCUGAUUCAACUGUUCUUUGUCUUUUAUACUGUAUUCAUGUUAUAAUUAAUGUUCACAUAUGCAAGGGAGAGUUCCUAGUCAUAUUGACGUAUGUCGUAAUGAAGUAUAUUUCAUCCAUACUGGGUGGUACACAAAAGUACUUUGUAUCUUUACUGCGGGGUGAGCUCCAUUAUAGAGUGUUAUAUGUUGUAUCUAUUUAUACAUUAUCAUGUAUAUUUUGUAAAUAAAAUAUGUGAAAUAUAUU